UUAUGUAUCUGUCAAUUUCGUUUAUAAUUUUGUAUAUAUAUACUUUUUUAUUUGUUAUAAUUGUAUGCUGUGUAUUUUUACCUGAGUUAGUUGCGCGUAUGUUUUUAUCAACAGUUUUAUCAAUAAUAAAGCAGACUUUUCGUAUAUUCAGCAACACGGAGAAAUUUCUCUGUGAUUCUUUCCGGCUAAUUUUGAAGCAGGCGAAAAUUAGUAAAACGGUCCCGCAGUUUUCGUCAAUUUCGGAACUCAUUGCGGAGAGAGAGAGCGCUGCGAUCUUCCCGUCGAUGAGUUUAUAUCGGACUGUCAAAUCGUGACGAGCGGGUCGUACGAGGAAGUAAAUACAAUUUGCGAAUACAGUGAAAAGACACACUUUCCAGGAUGAAUAUGUCAGUGGAGAAAAGAAAAUGCCCGUCGGCUUUGCCGAUCAAUUGGCCGCCGCGAGAGGAGCCGUCGAGGAAGAGCCAGAACCAGUUGGCGUCAUCGGGGAAGGUCGAUGUUUAUUUUUACAGCCGAGGGAGAAACGACGCGACGUUAGUACCACCGAUCAGGCAAACCGCGUCGAUUUUCAAGCAACCGGUGACCAUCUACAAGAUGCAGGAUGGGAAGGUGAAGGACAUGAAGCAAAGCAGUCAGGAUAAACCGAAGCAGGAAGGAAGCGAUAAAACCGAUGGCAAAUAUGGUUCCCAAGAUAAGCCUAAGCAGCUGUUCUGGGAGAAACGUUUAGAGAGAUUGCGGGCCUGCGAUCCCAACGGCUACGAAUUCGACGCGAUGGACCUGCCGAAGAACUUGAAGCCGGUAGGACCGAAUAUCACGGAAGAGACCCUACUGCAGAGCGUGGCCACUGCGUUGCACGUCUCCACUAAUGCAGUCACGGGACAAACGGGCCCGAAAGCAGCUUUGGAGAAGAACCCCGGCGUGUUUCUUAAUCCGGAGCAGCCACUUGUACAGGCAGUCUCGAUAGCGGACGAGGAUCUCAAGAGGCAAGAGGAACGAGUGGCUAUCGCAAGGAAAAAACUGCAAGACGCUUUACGUGCUUUUCAGACCUAAACUGUGUGCUAGCAUUAUACCCGCUAUCAUUCAUCCUCAUCCCUUAAUUUCUAAUUUAGUUAAGUCCGUUAUAAAUUAUGUCGCAUCACCUUUUGUAAUAAAUGUUUUUGUAAAGAAAA